UAUGGUGACCAGUGCAAAGGUAUGUCAUGCAUCGCCUCGGAAAAAUGGUGGAAGUUGGAAAGAUGUAUAUGACUGUCAUGAUGCCAAUGAGAAAGAUGUUUUCAGAAGAUUGGAAGGUGAUUGCUUAACUACCACAUUCAUUGAGCACCCAGUUACAUGUAUGGACCUAAACCUAAAGGAAGAUCUCUUUUACUGUGGACACGUCAAUGGCUAUAUAAGCAUAUUCAGUUUCCUUACAAAAAAGCUAAUUGUGACUGUCAGAGCUCAUAAUGAUUGUGUGAAUGUUCUCUUUGUGAAGUAUCCCAUUUUAGUAAGUGGUGGAUCUGAUGGUGCAGUUCGUUUAUGGAAUAGCAAAGAGCCAAAAUCUCAGUGCCUCAUUGAAAUAAAGAAUGUCAGUGAAGUUGGUGAUUUAUGCAUGUCUGAGUACCAUAUAUUCACUGGUGAUCAGAGCGGUUAUGUCUGUGCCUGGAAUAUAAUUACAGGCCAAAAGGAACAAGAGUUAACACUUGGUGGUAUACCUAGUCCAAUACUCAGCAUCCACAGUAAAAAGAACAGUAACAAUGUUCAGGUGACUGCAAAUACAGCACAUGCUGUGUACAGCAUUCAACUGGACCUCUGGGAUGUGAAAAACAAACCACUAUUUGGCCCUCCACACAAAAAGUGCUGUGCCAGUUUUAUGGCUCCUGGAGAAAAACAAAGAGAACCAUUGGGAAUAUCAUCUAGUGCAUACAAGAAAAUCACACUCAUGAAACGUUGUUGUGUACAUAAAACUUUAAGAGACCAGUUACAUAAAGACGCAUUUUACAAGUCUAUUCUUGCAUUUGUUGUCAAUGAGGUACCUUCGUCCUUUGCAAUGCCAGCUGUAUCUCUGAAACCAUUCAAGAGACUUGUUAACUUCAGUGAUACUACAUUUCGUUUUGAUGAAAUGUACCGCAGACAUUUCCCUUUAGUAACCCUUGAUUCAAGUCUACCAUCUGGAAGUUCUAUCAUAUUUACCUGCAAGUCACAUAAGCUAGGCAUCCUUGUUAUAUGCAUACAAGAUUCUAUGGUGACUAUUCAGAUAGCCGAAAGCAUUCCUUUAUCUGAUAAUAUAUUCUAA